UACUGAGUAAGAUAUAGAGAGAAAAAGUUUGAGUAAAACUGGGUAAUAAUCAAGUGUGCUCAAAGAUCUUUCAAUUCUAGGAUAGUGGCAACUUCUCCGUGCUCACAUUUUGCACAUUGGGGAUUGAGUUUGAGUAAAAUUGCUGAUUGGCUAUGUGUACCUUUCAGACUCUUUUGUAAUCAGUGCGUGAGACGACUUCCAUAACAAGCAAAUACUGUAGGUGUCAGUACAAUGAGCGAAAUGGAAGUCGAUCAAAACAGUGAAGAAAAUAUUACCGAAAGUGAAAAUCAAGGGGACAAUUCAAAUUCAACUCCCGGUUCUACCGAUCAAGUUACUGAAAGUGGCACAGCGUCAGAAUAUCCGGACUUAUGGCUAGAGUUUAAGUGUGUGUUUUGUAAUCAAGAUUUAAAGAAUAUGACUCAACCAAAACUUUUACCGUGUCUCCACACGGCUUGUCAUUCCUGCUUAACUACAGAAUCCAGUACUGGAUCAGAAGCAACAGCAUCUGGAAGAUGUAAAAAAGCUGCAAAGCAUGUGAAGGCAGGUAGAAAUAAAAGAAAUCUCAAACAUUCUGUUUCAGGUGUGAAACAGCUACUCUGCCCAACAUGUUCACAAGAAAUUAAUAUUGAUGAUACAGUUGAUCAUUUAUUUCUUGUUGAAUAUGCACAGAAUUCUGAGAAUUUGCCGGAGGAAAGCAGUUAUCCGUGUACAAGUUGUGAGGAAGGUGCUGAAGGUUCAGCAUUUUGUCAGGAUUGCCAGGAAUGGCUUUGUGAUACUUGUGUUAGUGCCCAUCACAGAGUCAGAGUUACUAAAGAUCAUAUAGUACGGCCUAAGGAAGAAAUGGAGGGAGAAACUGCUUUAAGAAAUCAAAAAUAUUUGUUCUGUCCAGUUCACUCUCAUGAACAAUUGAAGCUGUAUUGUGAAACCUGUGAUAAAUUAACAUGUAGAGACUGUCAGUUGUCAGAUCACAAAGAGCAUAAGUACCAGUUUUUGGCAAAGGCAUGUGAAGAAGAAAAAGGCUAUAUCACAGAACUUUUAGCAAAAAUAAAAGAGAAGCAAGGACAUAUAGAAAAUGCUAGUAGUAACUUGAAUAAAAGGCAUGAAGAAAUCAAGGAGAGAGAAAAAGUAGUGAUGCAAGAAAUAAAAACAUUUGCUGUUAAGUUAGUAUUUUAAAAUUCAAUUUUUCAUAUAUGAGUUAAAUUAAAAAAUAAUGAGUACUUAAUUUUGCAUUACUGAAUAUCAUUAGCAUUGCUUAAAAUAUUUAUAUUCUUAUUUUUUUUUAGUAAAAUAAAAUUGGAAUUUGUGAAAGGAUAUUAGAUUAAUAGUGAGUUUCUAUUUCUAACAGUAUAGAGACAUUUAUCUGUGUUAUAAAUUAAUUUUAUUUUUUCUUUUAAAUCUUAUAAAAAUAUUAUAUAUAUGAAUCAGUAUUCGUAUGGUCCUCAAAAGUCUUUAGGUUCCUUGGAAUCGAUUUUUGGUCCUUAAUUUUA